AUGAAUAAACAUCGUACAUCAUGUUUUCAUCGUCAUAAUAAUGACAGUGUUCGUUCAUCUGAUUGUUCUCAACAAGUUGAUGAUUCACAUUUAUUAAUCAAUAAUCAACCAGAAUGUCAUCAUCAUCAUUAUCGAAAUAAUCAUAAUAGUGGUGUAAUUCAAUCUGAUAAAGUGAUUAAAUCAACAAGUACAGCUGCUUUUCGAAAACGACGUACAAUAAUACCUUCUAAUCAUCAACGAUUACAAUCUUUAUUAUUUUCAACUCUUCUUAUUCUAAUUCGUUUAUUGAUAUUAUUAAUCAUUGGUUUUAUACUUUAUUAUGUUUUUAUUUAUAUUUAUCCAAGACCAAAAAAAAAUGGAUGGGAACGAAUUUGAAAAAUGAAUGAAACAAGUAUUGCUGUAUUAACUAUUAUUCUUGGCGAAAUAUUUCUUUUUAGUCUUAUGAUAAUAAGUACUCUUAUAAUUUAUUAUCAUUUUGCUAAACCAAAUGAACCAACAAUUGAUAUUGAUUCAAUAGAAAUGAGUGAUCAAAAUGAAAAUAUUAUUUCUUUAAAAUCUCAAUUAGAACAAUUUUAA